UAAGGAUAAAAUGAUACCGUUAGGAAAACUAGUGUUAUUUUGAAGAUUUCAGAAUUUUGAAAGGUGUUUGUCAAAAGAGAUAAACUGUAGGGAUUGAAGUAAAAUAAAUGAAAUGUCAGUGGUCAAAAUGAUAUUUUCACCCUGCUAUUUGACUGGUAGAUGGGAAGUCCUUCCCCUUCUCUAACAAUGGCGUCCUUUAACGCCUCACACUUCUUCCUCCUGAUGUAUUCUUGGCGCCAUGGAAGAGCAAGGCCCGGAUGAGAACCCUAAUCUGCUUCCGCAUGGACAGCCUACGACUCACACCGUUCUCCUUGCCGAGCUCGUGUCGCUUCGGAACUCCUACCGCGACCUCGACUCCAGAUUCGAAGCAGCGGAGGAGUCCAAGUCCGAUCUACAAGAGAAAAACCUUCGACUCUCCCUCGCUCUCGAGGAAGCGUCGGAGGAGCGUGAUUCUCUCCGGAUAAAGCUCAUCGAGGCGGAAGUGUCGACCCGAGAAGAAGACGAAUCGAUUUGGUUAGAAAAUUUGCAACUUUCUCAUGAAAUCGAGAUUUUCAAGGGAAAGUUCAAUGAGAUGAUUAGAGUAAGGAAUAGACAAGAUGCGGUGAUGUGCGAGAUCCUUGAUUCAAUCAGGUAUGCGAGAGAUUGCUUCAGUGAUAUUGGUGGGAGGAUUUGUGCUGAAAUUUUGGGGGAAAUUGAGGGAAAAUCCAAUCUUGACGACGCACUGGAGCUUCACUUGAUGGAGUCUAAAUCAAUUUGUAAGCUGGGAGCUGCUGUAGGAUCGAGGUUUGUGGAAUAUGAUGACCUGAGGAAGAAGGAGAAGAAGGAACUGGAGAACCGAAUUGUGAGCUUAACUGAGGAAAACAGGGACAUUAGUAGCUUGCUAAGAGCAGCUCUUGUGGAGAAGGAGGCGCUUGAGAAGACCCUUAACAAGCAGAAGGAUAGCGGAGAGCAAAAAAUGGGUGCAAUUAUGCAGAUAGCUGGGAGGGGGCUGCAGAAGGUUGGUUUUGGUUUUGUAAUGGGGGUCAUUGCCGGCGAGUCACAUUCUGAUCAGUUGAGCAGUGCUAGUGCUAACUCUGAUAGCAGCGAAUGCGACGAGGAGGUUGUCAGUCUGGCUUCAACUGUUGACAGUAUAAUGAAAAGAUUGCGCCACGAGGUAACUGAGUUGAGGCAAGCCUUGGAAGAGUACAGGUCAGAGAAUGAGCAUUUGCUGUCACUCGUUAACAAACAGGCCGAGAAGAUUGUAGAGGAAGAGCACCACAUUAAAGAUCUGGAAGAACAGGAAAAAAUGAUAACAAAAAAUGUAGAAGAGCUCACAGCAGAGAUAAAGGAGGCAGGAGAAGAGACUGCGAGAUGGAGGGAGGCAUGUGAAUUGGAAGUUGAAGCUGGAAAAGCUGUGAUUUUAGAUCUUGAGAAGGAGGUGGCUUUACUGAAAGAGGAGCUGAAGAGAACAAAGUUAGCCCUGGAUGCUGCAAAUAACAAGCUGCACUUGAAAGAGAAGCUUGCUAAGACGGCGAUGGCUGCUCAAGCUGCCGCAGAAGCAACGUUGCAGCUGGCAGACAAAAGGUCGGCUGGGUUUCGAGAGCGAAUUGAGGAGCUGACGAGGCAGCUAGAAGAAGAAUCCGAGCACAGCGCCAGAAGAGAGAAGAGUGUAGGCAGGAGAAGGGUGAGAUAUGUUUGCUGGCCAUGGCAAGCCUUCAUAUUCUCACCAACUGGUGGAGCUGUUUCACAGAGAAGAGAAAGGAGAAGGAUCAUUUUGCCAGAAAUGGAGUCUAUCUUGCGUUUCAACUAGCAGAAUUUGUUUGAGCCAUGUUUCUGGUUAGUAAUUCUGCCUUACAACUUGUUCUUUAUCAUUCAUGCUUCCCAUGAUAAACUAGGAUGUUGUGAUCAUCAUGUAAAUAUUGGGCAUUGGCUGGCUCUAAUGUGCACAUGAACAACUCUGUUAAAUAUCAUAGUGUGGCCUUGAAUUACAAAAGACUGAAAUUUGAUACAUUCAUGUCAAUUGAGCAAGACUUUAAGAUUUUGUUCCA